AUAUUACUUGUUUUUGUUGUUUGUGCAACCAUCUGCGAUAAUUUGCUUAAACUGUACGCUAGGAUGAAGGUUUAUAUAAUGCGUUCGCAAUAACUGUUAUCAUUUCGAAAGCUACCAUUAUGGUGAAAUUAAUCCCGUUUCGCACUGUUAUUCUUCAGCUGACACUGCUGUCGUUGUCAUGCCGACUGGGUGCCGGUCAGGGUAUGAGUGCGUCUCGUGCACAGUUCCAGGCCGCCGCCACCCAGGCGGCAGUCGGGGUUGAGGAGAGGAUUGCCGCGGCAGACAGACUUGACAGGAGCGCGUUUGAUGAAGGCGUGGACCGAGUAAAUCCCGGUCGGAUGGAUUCUUCAGGGCCACAGCUGCUGACUACGGCUACCGCAAAUGAGAUCGGUAGGGUGGGUCAAGCCUUCCUUGAUACCGCCAGAAAUACUAUGGUCAGGAUGAGUAUUCGUCCAGCAGACGCUGGUCGCGAGAUAAUCGCCGCCAGGAUCCCGCCGCCGGACGCCCUGCUCUGUCCUUUCCAACCACCCAAAUGUGACCCAACAGCCAAGUUCCGGACGAUGGAUGGAUCCUGUAACAACGUGGUCAAUCCACUGUGGGGAAGAUCGCAGACGCCUUUUGAGAGAUUGCUCGCCCCUAUUUACAAUGACGGGGUGUCUGAACCCCGGGCCGCAAGCGUGUUUGGAGGACCACUUCCGAACGCCCGCCUCAUCAGCAGGGAGUUCCACGACAGCAUGUCGAAUCCUCUAGGCGGCUCCACGCAUCUGCUUAUGGAGAUCGGCCAGUUCAUAAGCCACGAUAUAGAAUUUCAGGCGCUCUCGCAAGGUUACGCAGGGGCCAACUUGGAUUGUUGCACGAGGACAAAUAGGCCAGGUUGCUUCCCUAUAGAUAUCCCACCGAAUGACCCUUUCUUCCCGCCAAAUCGCACGUGCAUCAACAUUGUUCGAGCUCUACCAACACCUCCACUUGACUGCACCAUCGGUGUCCGUCAGCAGUUGAACCAGAUCACCCACUACCUUGAUGGCUCGGCCAUCUAUGGCUCCUCGGACGACGAGAUCCGUGACCUCCGCACUCUCACUGGAGGUCUUCUUAAGACGAGCUCCAACAACCUGUUACCGACUGCGCCUACGACCGGAACUGGCUGUAUUCUGACCACCUCGACAAGGCCGUGCUUCAAGGCUGGGGACGUCCGUGUGAACCAGCAGCCGAUGCUGAUGUCUAUGCACACGGUCUGGGUGCGGGAACACAACCGCCUUGCGCGCGGCCUCGCGCUCCUCAAUCCAACCUGGGACGACGAGCGACUCUUCCAGGAGGCACGCAGAAUCUUGGGCGCCGAGCUCCAGCACAUCACAUACAACGAGUUUCUUCCGGCAAUACUGGGGCGCAGAGUUAUGACAAAAUACGGAUUGAAGCCACUUUCAAACGGUUAUUUUAAUGGCUACGACGCGAGCGAGCAGCCAAUGGUACGGAGCGCAUUUGCGACGGCGGCCUACCGGUUUGGCCACAGCCUCAUCUGGCAGAGAGUGCUUGCCCACAAUGGCGCCAUCAAGGUGUCCGAUCGCCUCCUCAAAGACGAGUUCCUGAAGCCCGACCUCGUCUAUACGCGGGGUGUCGGGGACAUUUGUCGGGGCCUCACACGUUCACCGGUGGAAAAGGUGGACAAAUCGCUCACUGAACAGAUAACAAAUCACCUGUUUGAGCGGGAAAGAGGUUUCGGCGGGGACCUCGCUGCAACAAAUAUCCAACGGGGGCGGGACUAUGCCAUCCCUGGCUACCAGGCUUAUCGUCGCCUCUGUGAACUUCACGGCCAAUUCUCUCACACACGGAUUGUACAGCGAAAGCUCAACGAUAUCUACAGGUCACCAGAGGACAUUGAUCUGUUUCCCGGUGGCGUGUCUGAAAUCCCCGUCAACGGGGGAAAGGUUGGCCCGACCUUUGCCUGCCUCAUUGGACGCCAGUUUAAAUCACUAAAGAAUGGAGACAGAUUCUACUAUGAAAACAGCGGCGACACCGCAUUCUCAGGGAACCAGCUGCAGGAAAUUAGGAAGGUUACGCUCGCUUCCCUCUUUUGUGCUAAUACAGACAUUGGUACCAUACAGCCGUCUGCAUUGAAAAGCAUCCGGCGAGGAAACACUCUUGUCAACUGCAAUAACAUUCCGCACUUAGACCUAAAUCCCUGGCGGGCGACCGGCUGUGUCCCUGUAAACGGCGGCUACUCGGCCUGGGAGCGAACGCGCUGUUUUGGGACAUGGCGGAUCAGGUAUCGGAUUUGUAACAAUCCUCUGCCAAACGAGUGCGGCAAAUCAUGUCCACGUCAGUUUGAAAUCCAAAUAGAAACGUGCGGUAUCCGUCGGCCUGGUUUUCGACGGGGCAACGCUGGUCCCCCAGAUGUAGCCAUGGUAAGCGCAGAGGUGUCACGGCUGUCGGGGGGAAGGAUUUCCGCUAUUGACGGAUCACUUAUGACGACAGCCAUGAGAGGUUUUCGGCAUUUUUAAAAUAUAUAUAUUUAUAUAUAUAUAUAUAUAUAUUGUCCUGUAAAAUUCUUUGACAUUCAUCAAUUUUAAUGUAUUGUGUAUGUAUUGAUUUUGAAUAAAAUUGACCUUCUUGAUCAACUCAGCGGUU